UGCAAAGUGCUCCUCUCUCCUUCCCUUAUUUAAAAUGUUAAUGAUAGAGAAAGGGGGCUUUUCUUGUUGCUGACGACAUGUGUGUGACAUGGGAGUCUGAACCACCCAGUCUCCGGGCAGGAGCUGUAAACAUGUUUACCUGAGCAAGGAAGAAAAUGGAUUUUCUCUUAAAGAUACUCUUAAUUGGAAUAUUAUACUUGUAAAGCAUAUUAGUAGAUGCCUUGAGAGACUGCCUGAAAACCUUCCUUUUGAAAUCAACCAGGGAAGAGGGGGAAGAGGGAUUUUUACGGCUGCAGCAAAUGGCAACUUGUGCAGUUACCAAUUACAAUAACGUCGUAGAAACAAAUUCUGAUUCAGAUGACGAAGACAAAUUGCACAUUGUUGAAGAGGAAAGUAUACCAGAUGCAGCAGAUUGUGAUAACAGCGUGCCAGAUGAUGACUUGCCAAAAGACCAUGCAGUAUUACCAGAACGCAGUGAAAGAGAAGGAAGUGCAAACAGUUGCUGGGAAGAUGAAGCUAGUAAAGAAGCAAAGGAAAUCCUGGGGCCUGAAGCUCAAGCAGAUGAAUCUGGAUGUACAGUAAAAGAAGAUGAAUGUGAUUCUGAUGCAGAAAAUGAACAAAAUCAUGACCCUAAUGUUGAAGAAUUUCUGCAACAAGACGAUACAGCAGUUAUCUACCCUGAAGCACCUGAGGAAGAUCAAAGACAAGGAACACCAGAAGCCAGUGGCCAGGAUGAAAAUGGCACGCCAGAUGCAUUUUCCCAGCUGCUUACGUGCCCUUACUGUGAUAGAGGGUACAAACGCUUUACCUCUCUGAAAGAACACAUUAAAUAUCGCCAUGAAAAAAAUGAAGAUAACUUUAGUUGCUCCUUAUGCAGUUACACAUUUGCAUAUAGAACACAACUUGAACGCCAUAUGACAUCACAUAAAUCAGGAAGAGAUCAAAGACAUGUAACUCAAUCUAGUGGUAACCGAAAAUUCAAGUGCACUGAAUGUGGAAAAGCUUUCAAAUAUAAACAUCACUUAAAGGAACACCUACGAAUCCACAGUGGAGAGAAGCCAUAUGAGUGCCCAAACUGCAAGAAACGUUUUUCCCAUUCUGGUUCCUACAGCUCCCACAUAAGCAGUAAGAAAUGUAUUGGUUUGGUGCCUGUGAAUGGCCGGGCACGAUCAGGGCUCAAGACAUCUCAGUGCUCUUCCCCAUCCCUUUCUGCAUCGCCGGGUAGCCCAGCAAGACCACAAGUACGACAAAAGAUAGAGAAUAAGCCGUUACAAGAACAGCUCCCCAUUAACCAAAUUAAAACUGAACCUGUGGAUUAUGAAUUCAAGCCCAUAGUGGUUGCUUCAGGAAUCAACUGUUCGGCCCCUUUGCAAAACGGGGUUUUUAGUGGUGGUGGCCCGUUACAGGCAACCAGUACUCCUCAGGGUGUGGUGCAAGCUGUUGUUUUGCCAACCGUUGGCCUGGUGUCUCCAAUAAGUAUCAACUUAAGUGACAUUCAAAAUGUACUUAAAGUUGCCGUUGAUGGCAAUGUAAUAAAACAAGUGUUGGAGAACAGUCACGCCAAUCUCCUUACAUCCAAAGAACAAGAAACAAUCAACACUGCAUCCAUACAACAAGCUGGACAUUCCCUCAUUUCAGCUAUCAGUCUUCCUUUGGUUGAUCAAGAUGGGACAACCAAAAUUAUCAUCAACUACAGUUUGGAGCAACCUAGUCAACUUCAGGUUGUGCCACAGAAUCUGAAAAAAGAAAACCCCGCCCCAACAAACAGCUGCAAAAUCGAAAAGUUGCCAGAAGAUCUUAGGGUGAAAUCUGAGAAAGAAAAAAGCUUUGAAGGAGAGACCAAUGGUAGCACUUGCCUUCUUCCUAAUGACUGCCCAGGAGAAUCCAAUGCACUUCAAGAAUCAAAGCACUAUGAUAUCAGAAAUCCCACUCAGCCAUCUCAGCUAAGCGGUGCAGAAGCUGAGAAGUCCGAAGCCUCUGUUUCACCAGAAACAGGGGAGGCUAAUCUAUCUCCUGGACAACCCCCUCUAAAAAAUCUUCUAUCCAUUCUAAAAGCCUAUUAUGCAUUAAAUGCACAACCAAGCUCAGAAGAGCUCUCGAAAAUUGCAGACUCCGUAAAUUUGCCAUUGGAUGUAGUAAAAAAGUGGUUUGAAAAAAUGCAAGCUGGCCAAAUUUCUGUACCAUCAUCAGGACGAUCUUCCCCUGAACCUGACAAAUUAAAAAAUUCUGUGGAUGAUGACCGUGCAGGACUGGAAACUGCAAAUGAACAUCAGGACGGCACGUCUAAUUCUGAAAGCUCCGUCAAGGUAGAUAAACCGCAGACUGUAUCAACAGGAUCAACUCAGAAUGGUUCACAGAGUAACACAGCAUCCCCAUCGCCCCUUAACCUCUCUUCAUCUAGAAAUUCACAGGGUUACGUGUACCUUAAUGAAGGUGUCCAAGAAGAGCUACAAAUAGAACCUCUUGACCUUUCACUACCAAAGCAACAUGGAGAAACAUUAGAGCGAUCUACUAUAACUAGUGUUUACCAGAACAGUGCUUAUUCUGUCCAAGAAGAACCAUUGAACUUGACUUGUGCAAAAAAAGAACCGCAAAAGGACAGCAGUAUUACAGACUCUGAACCAGUUGUAAAUGUAAUCCCACCAAGUGCCAAUCCCAUUAAUAUUGCUAUACCUACAGUCACUGCCCAGUUACCUACAAUUGUUGCCAUUGCUGACCAGAACAGUGUUCCAUGCUUACGAGCUCUUGCUGCCAAUAAGCAAACCAUUCUUAUCCCACAGGUAGCUUAUACGUAUUCAACCACCAUUAACCCUACAGUUCAAGAAACACCAAAACAGAUGCAGGCCAAUGGAAGUCAGGAUGAAAGACAAGACACUAGCUCAGAAGGUGUGUCAAAUGUAGAGGAUCAGAAUGAUUCGGAUUCCACACCACCGAAGAAGAAGAUGAGAAAGACAGAAAAUGGAAUGUAUGCUUGUGAUUUGUGUGACAAAAUAUUCCAGAAGAGUAGCUCACUCUUGAGACAUAAAUAUGAACACACAGGUAAGCGGCCUCAUGAGUGUGGGAUCUGCAAAAAGGCAUUUAAACACAAGCAUCAUUUGAUUGAACACAUGCGACUGCACUCUGGAGAAAAGCCCUAUCAAUGUGACAAAUGUGGCAAACGUUUUUCGCACUCGGGGUCCUACUCCCAGCACAUGAAUCACCGCUACUCCUACUGCAAAAGGGAAGCUGAGGAACGCGACGGCACAGAACAGGAAGAGGCGGCACAGGAACGGCUAAGUAAUGAGCACGCAGGGCCCGGGGCUUCCCCCUCGCAGCUCGACUCCGAUGAGAGAGAGAGCUUGACAAGGGAGGAAGAGGAAGACAGCGAAAAAGAGGAGGAGGAAGAGGAAGACAAAGAGAUGGAGGAGGAACCGUCAAAAGGAAAAGAAUGUGGGAAAUUACAAGAGGAGGAGGAAGAGGAGGAAGAGGAAGAGGAGGAAGAUGAAGAGGAGGAAGAAAUAAGUGAAGGUAGCAUGAAGGAUAAGGAAGCUGUAAAUGAAGAAAGCAGUGCAAAACAAGAAGAUAUACAGAAAGAGGAGCCAUUGUCAGAAUCAGCAGCAAAUAAAGCUUAACUGAUGGUGUGGUUUUGUACAAGGCAGAGAAAUCUCGGCUGGCAAUGAAGGUUGUUCUGUACUCUACAUGCUUUUCAUGGAAGCACAGUAGCUUGUGCACUGUGAUUCCUGUUCACUACUGUGUAACAAAAAAGAAAAAAAAACAGAAAAUAUAAAAAAUAUAUAUAUCCAGGUGUGCCUGAACCUCAAACCUAGUAAUUUUUCACACUUUUCAAAGUUAGGAACAAGUUUGUGACCUGAAACAGAUUAGAAGAACAUGGUGACUUUGGAAGCAGAUAUUUAACAUGUUGUAGGAAACAUGUUUUAUUUGAUAUGUGUUGGACAUCAGUUUGUUUUUAUCAGUAUUAAAACAAAAAUCAUUUUUCUUUUUUUCCCUUUCCCUUUUUGUUGGUUCAAUUUUUCAACUGUACAAUUGGGAGAGAUUUAUGUUGUUGUCGUUGUUUUGAUUUUAUCAGUGAAACAAUUCUGCUAAUUCCGCUUCAGUAUUUUAUUAUAUUUUUAAAAUGUGAGAACUUCUGCACUACAAAAUUCCCUUAAGCAGAAAGGUAUGAUGCAGUUCCAAACAGUGCUUGACUACCUUUGUAAAUUCAGCUUAGAAGGUAGCAGUUUAAAACAUUUAGAUGUUGUUAGUAGAACAUGUUCUCAUUUAAAGUGUAUUGUUAGCCUUAAGGAAGCAGCUGAUAGAAGAAUUGAAGUUUCUUACUCAUGUGGUUGAAAAUGUAGUUUGAAAAGAUUGUGGUGGGGUUCUGAUUGCAGGGACUAACAGUGUUAAUACUGGUGAGGACAGCCAAGUUGUCAAAAUCAGUGUUUGUAAUUGUGUCUGGAGUAUGUAGUUUAAAAUAUGAAGGAUAUGACAUGAAGCUUUGUAUCUCCUUUGGCCUUAUGCAAGACCUUGUGUGCUGUAAGUGCCAUUUCUCAGUAUUUUAAAGGCUCUGACCGGCCUUUCUCCAAUGUGUGGCCUACAAUAACUAGCAUUUGUUGAUUUAUAUUAAACUUCUAUAAGACAAAAUCAUGGGGGAAGAACACUUAGCCAUCAGAAAAGUAAAAGCACUGGUACAUUUCAUAAUGCAAUUGUUCAGUAUUAUUUUUCUUUAAUUACUUACUUGGAGAAUUUCUCUAUAGUAAUUACGAAGGGAAAUUUUUAAUUUGUUUUAUUGGUUCACUUAAUUUCAGACACAUACAUCAUAUGUUAUUGGGCUCAUAAAUGUUUCCAAAUGUUAGUUAUUCUGGACCCCAUUUAUUGACAAUGUUAGCUGAUUUUAACCUAUCAGUAUUAUUUUAUUUCUUUUAGUUUUUAGAUCUGUGCAACAUUUUGUACUGUAUGUUUUCAAACCUGGCAGUAUUAAUACCCUUCUUACUGACAUAUGUACCUUUUUAGUUUUAGAAAACUUUUAUAUUUAUGUGUCUUAUUUUUAUAUUUCUUUAUUUAUUACACAGUGUAGUGUAUAAUACUGUAGUUUGUAUUAAUACAAUAAUAUAUUUUAGUAUGAAAAUUUGGAAAGUUGAUAAGAUUUAAAGUAGAGAUGCAAUUGGUUCUCUUGCAUUGAGAUUUGAUUUAACAGUGUUAUGUUAACAUUUAUACUUGCCUUGGACUGUAGAAGAGAAGAAUUAAAACGGGAAUGUAUCAAUUUUACAAUCGCAAUCAAUUCAUUUUACCUUUUCCCAGUUUUUAAUAUAAAGCUCUUAAAUUUUGAAAUUCACUGUAUGACUAAUAGCAUGAUGCUCUGCCAUUUUAUUAAGAGUUUAGCCUAACCAUAAAACACUCAUUUCCUUAGCUAAGCCAAGAUAGAAUAAUCUUCUAAACAAUGUUGGGAACAAUGUUUAACAUUUCUGUGCCAAUUUGUUCCUGUAUUCAUGUAUGUGAGUUACAAAUCUGAAACUUUUUUUUUUAAGUUCCUUGUUACAUCAUGGUCAUUUUCUAGUUUUCUACCAGACUCCCCAUCUCACAAUAAAAAGCGUCAACAAGCCUGAUUUACUGUCAUUAUUGCAGAAAUAAAGCAAGGAGAGGGUUGUUUGGCACAUUUUUGUGGGACAUCACUGAGGCUGCGUGUGUCCUGUUUAUUUCACAAGAGCAACUGGAAUGACUUCCCCCUCAGUUGUAGAACUGAUAGGUGCAAAUGUAACAGGAGAAGCAAGAACUUUAACUGUGAAGAAAAAAGUAACUUUACUAAGCUUCACGGCUGAGAGAAAUUUUUGCGUUCCUCCCCCUUUGUUGCUAUGCUCCCAUUCUUUCGCAUUCGAAAUUUUCGAAAUUGGUGCUGUGUUGUGGGUCAGGAAUCUUUACCAGCAUUAGCCAACAGAUGCUCUCAAGAGAAACACAAAAGCAUGCACUCAUCUUCAGCAGCAGUAUCUGACAUGCUUCUGGAAGCUUGCUUUCCUUUGUCCUUUGAAGCCCUGCGAAAACCCGAGAUAAUAAUUGGACUGGAGACUAUGGCAGGAUGCAGAAAUGAAUUUGUGUCUGCCACAACCACCUGUGACCGAUCUCCAAUGCAUCCCUAAAAAUCUGCUGCCUAUGUACUGCUUCAGAUUUUGCUUAGGUGCAGAUAACCACUUUGAGCUUUGUGGGGAAACAAAUCUGUUAGAAGAAGCAUGUGUUGGAUGUAGGCAAAUGGAUUACUUGAGUGGUUUAGUGAGUUUUCUGAGGUCAGCAACUAAAGUGGAAGCAAGUAGAAAUCUGCUCCUUAUAGAGUUGUUCCUUGGUUUCUAGAUCCGCAGGAAGGUCUAGGUUGCACCUUGCUGCGUUAUAAUUUUUGUUUUCUUGUUUGAUCUGCCUGUUGCAGGAUACCAUUGAGCUCUUUUGAAAGGAAAUGGGCUAAUGUCCCUGCUGUAUGCAUUUUUUUAAAAAAAAUUGGAAGAUAUCCUUUUUACCUUUUUUAAAGUGGUCAAAAGCAUUCCAUACAUCAAAAGGAAAAAAUAUUUGUCAAUUCAUUGCUUUCUACACAAAGGUAUUUUCAUAGUGAGCAUCAUGUACUUCAUUUCAUGCCACUAAAGCACUAACAUACAUACAUAUGUUGUUCUGUUCCUGCAUAAGAGCAUUUAUUUUUAACAUCAUGCAAGAUAUGUGCUCCCAGUGAGGUAGGAGUUAAUGGCUGCUUAACAAAUCUACUCAUUGAAGUAAAAAGCCGAGGCUCUUCUCCUUGGACAUAAUCAUGAAAUUAGUAUCUCAACAAUAAACAAAGGUAAAUUGGCAUUGAAUGUGUUUGGAACAGAAUGUGAGAAUGUAUUAAAGGCUUCUUAACCAAAGUUAAAUUUGUAUUUCAUGUAACUGCAUUUUAUCUUCUAUAUAUGUUCUGAAAAUGCCUCUUAAUGCCUCAUUUAAAAAUUUCUACCCCCAUAACUUGUCCCAUUUUUGUCCUCUUUUUCUAGAAAUGCUGGCUUGGGAAAUGCAAAGUAAAUAAGUUAUGAACCUGGAAAUACUUCUAAAAGUAGAGGGGGGAAUCCAAAUAAAGUUUUAUACUUAAAGCUGUAGUCGUGUGCACAUUUAUCUGGAAGUUAGGCCCUUUGAACACAACAGGGCUUCCUUCUGACUAAGCACAAUUAGGCUGUGCUGCAGGUCUCCAAACGUGCACACAUUCUUAUUUAUUAUGGUAUUUAUUUCAUAAACUAUACAUCACUUGAUGCUUAACCAAAAAAAAAAACCUCAAAGCAGUUUACAAAAAGAUAAAACGGGAUGGAUUGCAACACUACUUUAAAGCAUACAAAAGUUGGAAUACUGAAAUAGAUUAAGAUUUAAAAGCUAAGCAUCUAGGUAGGCUUGUCUAAACAAGACUGUUUUUAGCAGGUGCUGGAAAGAAUACAGCGAAGGCACCUACUUGAUAUCAAUAGGCAGGGAGUUCCAAAGUGAGUGGGAUUCAAGUGCCAAUUCUAUUGCUGCGUGAAAAGCUCCCAUUUUUGCAAUUUCCUUUGCAGACUGCAAAAAACGCUUGACAAUUUGAGAGCAGGGCAUGGAAUUUCCUGGUGCUCUUCCUGGGCUCAUAAUCAUUUCCCCCAGCCACAGAACACCCUCACAACAUCACAACAAAGUGAUGUUCUAGGCAUUCUGGCAAGUGAAAAGGUAUCCACCAACCUAGGAAGUAUUUGAAGGUACACUAGUACAUUUUGGGCCAAAAGUUCUCAACAAAGAGCUUUCAGCUCAUAACUUCCAAAUCUUACUACUGUAUAACUUUUUUAUCUAAAAAGUAUCCAGCUAGGCAUCUUAGUUUUAACACCAGUUCAGCUACUGCUUUUAGGGCCAGUGUAAACUUACUGUGAUAAAAUAGAAUUGAUAUACUGCGUAGUGAAGACAAAUGGACGGAGGACAAAUCUAUCGAUGGCUGCUAACCAUGAGAUCUAUCUUCCAUUUCCACUGUUGGUAAACUGUAAGGUUCUGUGAGCAAACCUUAAAUUCUCUUCUAGAUGGCACAGGGAACAGGUUGCUGCUGCUGCCACAAACAAGGGAUGAAGCUUUGUAUCUGGAAAUAGGGUGGUUUGUGCACUAAUUUUGAUUUCAGGUGGUGUUUCUUUAAUACACUAAUGAAAAGGUGCAGCCAGAUGACUCCAAAACAUGGUUUCCUUGUAUCUCUUCCUGCAGGGUAGGUUGCAAAACGGAAAAGGAAAGGAAAGGCGGCGUCUUACACAUGGCUUUUAUGUAAGCACUUACUACUCCACUGCAUCCAAAUUACACAUGAUGCUCAGUUGCAGAAGUUCCUGUCCCCUCUGAUAUUUUUUUCCCCAUUUGGUUAAAUGGCUGUUCUCUCACUUGAAAGGAAGAAAUACAAAAGUGCCCAGCCAGAGGAUAAAGAUGCCACCUUGUUUCUCUAGGUUGAAAUGAGCAUCUUUAAAGCAAUUUUUAAACUGGUUUUAACUUCAAGUGGCAAAGCAUUAUUGGGAAUAUAAAACUAGCCAACAGAAAAACACGGAGGCAAAAAAACCCCAAACCCAUAAAAUCUGAUUGUGUGAUCUUUUCCUUAACAGGUAUGUGUUGAAGAAUAACACAAUACAAUUGAAAAUGAAAUAAAGGUUUAAUAAAAAGUUUCUGUAUCCUGUAAUUUGUCUUACGUCCUUAAAUGGGAAGAAAGCAAGUAAGUUCUGCCUGAAUAUUUGCUUCAGUUUCAUCACUCCAGGACAGUGACUUCACAAAUGCCCCAUAAUAUCAAGUGCCAUAACAUCUGUUUCUGUUUUCCACUUUUCUUCCAAGGAACUCGGAGCAGCAGCAACAUUCAUGGAGCUCAUUUUUAUUCUCACAUCACACUCAUUCUGCGAAAUAGGCUGAGCCGAUGGAUAGUAGUGUGUUUGUCUCUGUAAUGCAGCUGCUAGGAUGCUCAGUGGAACAACCAGCUUUGCACGUAUUACAGCUGUGUUGAAAGAUUUGCAGUGGCUGUCUAUUAGCAAGCGAGUAAAGUUCAUUUUGUUAUAGAUGUUUGAAGUCCAAAACACUUGGGGACCAGGGAUACCUAGCAGGCUACAUCCAUUGACACAAGCCGGGUUAGGUUCUUUCUGCUUAUUGUUUCAUAGCCAGUGGAGUGUUAUUUAGUAACAGCGCCGAAAAAAGGCCUUCUUUGUGAUGGCACCAAGAGUUGGUAAUGACUUUAAACUCCUCUUUCAAGCUGAUUUUUUAUCCAAGCUUUUCUGAAUUUGUGACUCUUAAUUUUGUUUUAUUUUGUACAUUACUUUUAUUUUUAGUAUACAGUUUUCUUGUGUUUUUAUCUCAGUUUUGCUUAGUUUCUAGGAAAUUAUAUUGAAUGUUGUAUUUUAAUCCUUGUAUGUAAACUGCUUAGAGAUUUUAUUAUUAUUAUUAUUAAGUGGCAUUGAAAAUGUAUAAGUAAUACGAUUAAAAACUGGCAUGCCUAAAGCCGCCCAAUGAG